AUGGAAACCUCUUCGAUUUCUCGGAGCCGACGAUGCUCCACCAUGCGCAACUGCAAAAGCGGUCUCUCCCUCUGGUUGGUGGUGUGGCUGGUCCUCGGCAAGCCAAGUCCGGCAUCGGCGUGCCCGCACCUGUGCGUGUGCUACCCGACGCCCAUGACUGUGAGCUGCCAGGCGCAGAACUUCACCGCCGUCCCGCUCGGAGUGCCCUAUGAGUCGCAGCGCGUGUUCCUCCAGAACAACCGGAUCACGGAGCUUAGAGUUGGCUCUUUUGGCUUUGGGACUCAGGUUCUGUGGCUUUUCGCCAACAACAUCACGUGGAUUGAAGCAGGGGCCUUCAGUGAGCUGAGGGACUUGGAGGAGUUGGACCUGGGGGACAACCCUAACCUCCACAGGCUGGAGGGGGGAGCCUUCCGCGGCCUCGAGAAGCUCCAGAGCCUCCACAUGCACCGCUGCAAGCUCACUGCCCUGCCCCAUGACAUCUUCCACAAGCUGUACAGCCUGCAGUUCCUGUACUUACAGGAGAAUAAUCUUCACUUCCUGCAGGAUGACAUCUUUUCUGACCUCAUCAACCUGAGCCAGCUUUUCCUGCAUGGCAACCGUAUCCGCACCCUCUCAGAGAACGUGUUCCGCGGCCUGGUCAACCUUGACCGCCUUCUCCUCCACGACAACCGCAUCAGGCAGGUCAACCGCCGCGCCUUCCGUGACCUCGGCCGCCUGACCAUGCUCUUCCUCUUCAACAACUCCCUGGCUGAGCUGCCCAGUCAGACCCUGAGGGACACGCAGGGCAUCGAGUUCCUCCGCCUCAACGCCAACCCCUGGUCCUGCGGCUGCGAGGCCCGCGCCCUGUGGGAGUGGUUCCGUGAGGCCCGUGUCUCCUCCUCCGACGUCAUCUGCGCCUCCCCUUCCACCCGCCGUGGCCAGGACCUCCGCUUUCUGCGUGAGAUGGACUUCGCCCUCUGCCCCCUGCCCGACCCAGGCUCCAUCGCCGGCUCCACCACCACCACCUUCAGCACCAAAACCCGCUGGUGGUUCCACAAGAACAAGCCCCAGUCGUCCACGAAAGGUAUCUUUGAGAAAGCCUCAGAGACUGUCAAGGCUGGUCUGUAUGGGAAAGGCCCAUCCACAACCACCUCAGUCGUCAAGUACGAGCUGGGGGAGGAGGAGCUGGCGCUGCCCAAACUCGACCCAGAAGAGUACUGGGCAAACUACGGCAACGAGGACUCAGGUGUCACCCUGCGGUGCUUCGAGCUUGAAUGUCCACCUGAGCUCGACCUGACUCCGUCCUCCUCCUCUCCCUCAUCCUCCUUGCCCUCCUUCCUCACACUACUGGCCCUUUCUGUUUUCAGCCUCUGUCUCAACCUCCACCUGCUAUUUGGCUGA